AUGUGCACAACUUUCAGAAAAAAAGACGAGGGGGGGGGGGAGAUGGAAACUUCAGAACUCGAAGUGUACCCCUGGGAGUUAGUUUGGCUUCCUAGAGAUGGAGCAUAUGAACCUUCCGACUUUUAUGAUCUUGUAAGGAACAUUGGUGGCAGCACUGUAGAGCAGGUUACCCUUAUUGAUAAUUUCACUCACCCAAAAAAGAAACUGACCUCCCACUGUUACCGAAUAGUGUAUCGGCACAUGGAGCGGACUCUUACUCAGGAAGAAGUCAAUGUUAUACACAAAGACAUAGAAAAGACUGCUUCAGAAUCUCUAAAUGUUGUAAUCAGAUAACUGCCGUUCAACAAAGGAAAAAGGCAAAAUUAUCCUCUGUCAAGAAGUUCAGGAGUGAAUAGAUGUCCAUUAUGAAUUUUUUAUUGUUUUCCGAGUAUCAGAUACCUAUUUGACUUUCUCUUUUGUAAAGAUUUUGAGAUUUUUUUUUUUUCAAGAUAGAUAUGUAUCUUUGUAGAAAUUUAUGUAUAUAUGUUAUGUAAAUAGAUAAUUUGUUAUCAA